AGGCUUCCUGCUAUACAAAAAUAAUAAUAAUAAAAAAGCAAAGAUGGCAAGAGGAGAUAUGCUACAAUUUUGAUGUUGUCACCAAAGAAGCAGGUGAAGAGGGAAUACUCUUUUUAAAAGUUGAACGGCUGGGAUCGUUACUUGGCCAGUAGGGAGUGAGCAAUAGCUUUUGUAAGAAUAAGAAUUAAGAGCACUCUUUGGUGGAAGGGAAGCAGAGUCAUUUGGUUAUUUGAGUUGCAAAUUAAUGGCUACUGAUGAAGGCACUGAUAACAAAUUAGGAAGGGGGUGGGUUUUGGAUCAGCAGUUUGAUCAACCCAUGGAUGAAGAAGCUAAGAAGCUUAGAAAUCCAUAUAAUGAAGAGAAAUUUUCAACAUUAAUGGUUAUGCAGCUUGCAUUUCAAAGCCUCGGUGUGGUCUAUGGUGAUUUAGGCACAUCUCCUCUCUAUGUGUUCUACAAUACAUUUCCUAAUGGAAUUAGUGACCCAGAGGAUUUAGUUGGAGCUUUAUCUGUCAUCAUAUAUUCCCUCACUCUAAUUCCCCUCCUGAAGUAUGUUUUUAUUGUCUGUAGAGCAAAUGACAACGGUCAAGGUGGAACAUUUGCUCUUUAUUCAUUACUCUGUCGAUAUGCAAACAUAAAGGCUAUGCCGAACCAAGACCAUACAGAUGAGACUGUAACAACAUAUAGUAAUUCCACAUUUGGGGAGCAAUCAUUUGCUGCACGAACCAAGAGAUGGUUGGAGGGACAAGCAAUAUUGAAGAACACUCUUCUAAUUCUUGUUCUAGUUGGUUCCAGCAUGGUGAUUGGGGAUGGGAUUCUGACUCCAGCCAUAUCAGUUCUGUCAGCAGUUGGUGGGAUCAAUGCGCGCCGCUCUGAGAUCAGUAAUGAUGUAGUUGUGUUUGUUGCUGUUGUUAUGCUGGUACUACUGUUUACAGUGCAACACCAUGGUACAGACAAAGUUGUGUGGUUGUUUGCACCAAUAGUGCUCCUUUGGUUUCUCUUAAUAGGAGGGAUUGGCUUGUUCAACAUUUGGAAAUAUGAUAGUACCGUUCUAAAAGCUUUUUCACCUAUGUAUGUAUAUCGAUUUUUUAAGAGGGGAGGAAAAGACGGUUGGACAUCUCUAGGAGGUAUUAUGCUUACCAUAACAGGAACAGAAGCACUCUUUGCUGACCUGUCCCAUUUCCCAGUCCUGUCAAUACAGAUAGCUUUCACAUCAGUUGUAUUUCCUUGCCUUCUUUUAGCAUACUCUGGUCAGGCUGCCUACCUCAUGAAGAAUUCUGAUAAUGUGUUCAACGCUUUUUACCAUUCUAUUCCAGACAGCAUAUAUUGGCCAGUGUUUAUAGUUGCUACUGCCGCUGCUGUUGUUGCAAGUCAGUCCACCAUAACCGCAACUUUUUCACUAAUCAAGCAGGCGCUUGCACUUGGCUGUUUCCCAAGGGUCAAAGUUGUACAUACAUCAAAGAAGUACCGUCACCACAUAUAUAUUCCAGAAGUUAAUUGGCUUGUUAUGAUUCUCUGCAUUGUUGUAACAGCUGGCUUUAAAAAUCAAAACCAAAUUGGUAAUGCCUCCGGGACGGCGGUUUGUAUAGUCAUGUUGGUAACCACAUUGCUUAUGAUUUUGGUCAUGAUAUUGGUCUGGCGCUGUCAUUUGAUUCUUGUCCUCCUCUUCACUGGUUUAUCACUACUAAUAGAGGGCACUUACUUCUCUGCUGUGCUCCUCAAGGUCAAUCAAGGUGGCUGGGUUCCUCUUGUGAUCUCAGCAGCCUUCUUUAUUGUUAUGUAUGCUUGGCAUUAUGGUACAGUAAAACGUUACGAGAUUGAAGUCCACAGUAAGGUCUCGAUGGCAUGGAUUCUCGGACUUGGUCCCAGUUUAGGACUGGUUCGGGUACCUGGUGUAGGCCUUCUGUACACUGAGCUAGCAAGUGGAGUUCCCCGCAUCUUCUCUCACUUUAUCACCAACCUACCCGCCAUUCAUUCUGUUGUUGUCUUUGUCUGUGUGAAGUACCUUCCUGUCUACACAGUCCAAGAAGAAGAAAGGUUCCUUGUAAAGCGGAUUGGCCCAAAGAAUUUCCACAUGUUUCGCUGCGUUGCAAGAUAUGGCUAUAAAGACAUCCACACAAAAGAUGACGAUUUUGAGAAAAAACUCUUUGCCAGUCUUUUCUUGUUUCUCCUGGUAGAGUCAUUGGCAGAACCAUCUUCUGGCUCUGAUAUAUCUAGUUUACUUGGUCAGCAAACUAGGCAAUCAAGAAGUAGCACGUUCAAUAGUAUCAGCAACAUACCUUACUCCACCGCAGACCUGUCAAUUCAGUCGAAUGACUCAAUCGUGUCGGGUGGUUCUCCACUUCAUGAAAACAACACUUUGACAUCCUCUGAUAUUCAGCCAAGCAGCCAGGUGGUCGAAGACGAGAUUGAUGAGACUGAGUUCUUGAACAACUGUAGAGAUGUAGGGGUGGUGCACAUACUUGGAAACACUGUAGUGAGAGCCAGCAGGAACUCAAACUUUUGGAAGAGAAUAACUAUUGAUUACCUAUAUGCAUUUCUUAGGAAGAUAUGUUGGGGAAACAGUGUAAUGCUUAAUGUUCCUCAUGAGAGUCUCUUGAAUGUUGGGCAGGUAUUAUAUGUAUGAGAUUAAUUUCAAUGCCCACAGCCGGUGUAAAUUAUCUCUGAACUGCCAAUAUUAACUUUAUUGAAUGUGUAAGCAUUUGUGUACUAUAUGAGGCCAAGCAGAAUUUGG